AUGCCUAGAAGAAGAGAAGUCGCUCAAGGUGUUCGUCAAGCAAUUGUUAACAUGAAAGAAUCAGGCAUGAAAGUCACGGCUAUUUCACGGGUUAGAAACUCUGUUUGCAAUGCUACGAGGACAGGAAGGCCCCGAUGCACUUCAUCUAAGCAAGAUAGAAGAAUUGUACGUCGCUCGAAAGCUGACCCUCGCCUCACUGCGGUUGACAUUGCGACUGAAUUUAAUAUGAACGAAGGCACCAAUCUUAGUAGGCAGACCGUGGGAAGACGCCUGAAGGAUGCUGGGAUCCACGGAAGGCGUCCAGCCAAGAAACCCUUCAUAAGUUCGAAAAAUAGGAGAGCUAGAGUGGAGUUCGCGCGCCGUCACCUCGACUGGACUGUGGCCGACUGGAGCAGAGUUCUUUUCACGGACGAGAGUAAGUUCAAUUUGUUCGGAAGUGAUGGUGCA